AUGGCCCCGGCGGGGCGGCUGUGCGCCGCGCUGCUCUGCGGAGCCCUCAGCCUCUGCAGCCUGCGGGCCGCGCCGCGGCAGGCCGACACGCUCUACAUGUGGAUCGACGCUCAGCAAGCCAGAGUCCUCAUCGGCUUCGAGGAGGAUAUUCUGAUCGUGUCCGAGGGGAAGAUGGCCCCCUUCACGCACGACUUCAGGAAAGCCCAGCAGAGAAUGCCCGCGAUCCCCGUCAGCAUCCAAGCCAUGAACUUCACCUGGCAGGCAACGGGACGGGCUGAGUACUUCUACGAGUUCUUGUCCCUGCGCUCCUUGGAUAAAGGCAUAAUGGCUGAUCCAACUAUAAACAUCCCUCUGCUUGGAACAGUUCCUCAUAAGGCAUCAGUUGUUCAGGUUGGAUUUCCUUGCCUUGGCAAACAAGAUGGGGUUGCUGCAUUUGAGGUGAACGUGAUCAUAAUGAAUUCAGAAGGCAAUAUUAUUCUCCAGACUCCUCAGAAUGCCAUCUUCUUUAAAACCUGCCAGCAAGCGGAGUGUCCAGGAGGCUGCAGGAACGGAGGGUUUUGCAACGAGAGACGGAUCUGUGAAUGCCCAGAUGGAUUUUAUGGACCACACUGUGAGAAAGCAUUGUGUGCUCCUCGCUGCAUGAAUGGUGGACUCUGCAUUACCCCUGGCCUCUGCAUCUGCCCUCCAGGGUUCUAUGGCAUCAACUGUGACAAAGCCAACUGUACCACAACCUGCUUCAAUGGAGGAACGUGUUUCUACCUGGGAAAAUGCAUUUGUCCUUCAGGCUAUGAAGGAGAUCAAUGUGAAAUUAGUAAAUGCCAUCAGCCCUGUCGAAAUGGAGGCAAAUGUACUGGCAGGAACAAGUGCAAGUGCUCCAAAGGCUACCAGGGAGACCUCUGUUCAAAGCCUGUCUGUGAACCUGGCUGUGGCCUGUAUGGCACCUGCACUGAGCCCAACAAAUGCCAGUGCAAAGAAGGCUGGCAUGGGAGACACUGCAAUAAAAGGUAUGGAGCCAGCAGUCUGAGCGCCCUGAGGCCACCAGGCAGCAAGCAGAGGCAGCAGAGCCCUUCCCCGAAAAGGGCCGAGGAGAGGCACGUCCCACCCGAAUCCAAUUACAUCUGGUGA